AUUGCAGAAGUUGACGCGGGUUUUCAAACAUAAAAGUCCAUCGCUGUUAAUUGCCGUGGGGUGUGUUGUAUAGCUUUCCAAUAGACGUUUCUGUUCUUGCCGUAUGAUGAAGAUUCGUGCUGCUCGGUAAUCGUCGACAGUCAUAGGUCCCUGGCGUGAGACUUUAGAAGUUCCAAUGUUGAGAACAUUCGGUCGAUGUCGUCCCAUGAAGCGGAUAAUCCAGAUCACCACUCGAAGAAGAGUGAAGAUGGAGCUAAACCUUCCAGGGUCUAUUGUCGGCGGCUCUGGUUCUUUAGUCGAGAAUGUUAUUGUGUCGGAUUUGUCGGUGGUGACAUUGUCGUCUGUUUGCUUGUCGAUGUUGAAAGAUAACUCGUCAGGCCAAUCGUCGGAUGGUUGAACAAUCCAUUCGGGGCCAUUCCACCAAAGAGUCGACUGUUGUAGUUCCAUAGGUGUUGAACCACGUGUCGCGAUGUCGGCGGAAUUUUGGUCGGUUCUGACGAAAUGAAAGGUUCCUCUGGCGCAAUCACGAAUUUCUGUUAGUCGUCGUUGCUCAAAUUGAGGUUUUGGUUCGACGGAUUGAAUCCAAGCCAGAACAAUGCGUGAGUCCAACCAGAAAUGGACGCCACUUAUUGGUCGAUGUAGUUCCUUUUCGACGUGUAUUUUCGCUCGGACGGCUAUGAGCGCACCAAGUAGUUCCAUUCUUGGGAUGGUGAGGCUUGACUUUGCCUUCUUUGGGCGCAGACGAUUUCUUGCAAAAAUGAGUGUUGAUUUGACAUUUGGACCAUUUGACGUUCUCAGAUAGACGCAGGCGGCAUAGGCAUUUUCAGAUGCAUCACUGAACACAUGUAGUUGCCACUCAGUUGGGUUAUCUAAAAUUGCUUGUCGAGGAAGCGUGAUGGUUUGGUCGUUCCAGCAUUGCUUGAUGCUUUGCCAUUCUGUCGCCUCUUCUGCAUUUAUUGGUGUAUCCCAUGUUCUUUCGUUGUCCCAUAGUCGUUGGAAGAAAAGUUUGACGUGAAGCAGACAUGGGUUGAUAAGUCCCAACGGGUCGUAUAUGCUGGCCAAUGCGCUGAGUACUGUUCGCCGAGUGACGAUGUUGACGUCUUCUUUAGGAAAUUUGUGUGUGAUUGAAUCAUUGUCGGUGUCCCAUUUGAUGCCCAAGACUUGCGCUUUGGCUUUAUCGAGUCGGUCUUCUUCUGGUAUUUGUUCCAUAAUUGUUUGUCGAUGGCUGAGGAAUUCU